GUUAGGUAAUUAGAUAUUUGAUUAUUAGAUUGGUGGAAAAGAAGAAGAAAACAAAUAGAAAAAGAAAGAAAGAGAAGCUAAAGGAAUAUGCUCUUGUGUGUAUCCAUGGUCUGGUACGUAUAAUGCACGACAAAUCGUGUUGCGUGGACUACAAUUCCAUAAGAUUUCAACUGUGUUUGCUACUUUAAUCUUUGAUCUGAGGAGGAAUUGCCGGAUCAACACCGGACAAUGGCGUCUACUGAUGGUCUGGUUCCUAUAACCAGGCAAUUCCUCGCUUCUUAUUAUGACAAACACCCUUUUCCGCCUCUCUCCGACGACGUUUCUCGUCUCUCCUCUGAGAUUCGCUCCUGGGCCUCUGAUUUGCUCAAGGACUUUCCUCCCUCACAAGGCGAAAAGUUGUUGGUGGAAGGAGCGGACAGACAGCCUGUUCAUAAAAUUGACGAGAAUAUGUGGAAGAAUCGAGAGCAUAUGGAAGAAAUUCUGUUUUUGCUUGAUCAUUCCCGCUGGCCUUUGGCACUUCGACGACCGUCCACACCUGAAGAGAGUGAACUUGCUGCUGCUUUUAACAGCAUCAGAGGCAAGUUUCAAAAGGCUUUGAAGACAUUGGAGUCUUUCCAAGUUCAAAAUUCUGAACGUGUAUUUAAUAUAGUUAUGACCUACAUGCCUCAAGAUUUUCGGGGAACACUCAUCAGACAACAAAGGGAGCGUUCGGAGAAGAAUAAGCAAGCAGAGGUUGAUGCUUUGGUUAAUUCAGGAGGAAGUAUACAUGAUCGCUACGCAUUGUUGUGGAAACAACAAAUGGAUAGGAGGAGACAGUUAGCACAACUUGGUUCUGCAACAGGCGUAUACAAAACUCUUGUGAAGUACUUAGUUGGAGUUCCACAGGUUUUACUAGAUUUUAUUAAGACAAUAAAUGAUGAUGAUGGGCCUAUGGAAGAGCAAAGACACCGUUAUGGGCCACCUUUAUACAGCCUCACAGCACUGGUUCUUUGCAUUCGAAUGUUUAUUUCACUAUCAUGGGGGAGGUUUGAGGCUAGUAAAUUAAAGGGGCAUCAAGUUGCUGUGUUGAAGCAAGCUGUUGACAUUUACACCCAUGAAUUUGAAAGAUUUAUCUCCUUCAUCAGUGAGGUAUUUGCAAAUUCCCCUUUCUUCAUCUCAGCUGAGGUUGCUGGUACACUAGGCGCAAGGAAAAAUGAUGAAUUCAAAGAGAUAAGUGUUCCAGCUGGGAGAUCCUAUGAGGGAAGAUUUUCAAAAUUACCUGCUAGACUUUGUCCUUAUAAAAUCCAAGCAGUGGGAAGAUUUAAAUUUGUAUUAAUAUUCUUUCAGGUUUCACUGGAAGUAGACUCGAUAAACUCAUACAUAGCUUGGGAUUUUUCUUUAAUACAAGGCAAGAUGAGCACGGAUGUUGGAUUUAGUGUGGAGUAUGUGGAUCCUUCUGGGCAAAAGACUCUGAUUUUACCUUAUCGUCGUUACGAGUCUGACCAAGGGAACUUCUGCACGUGUAUGGCUGGAAUGUACAAGCUCAUUUGGGAUAAUUCAUAUUCGACAUUUUUCAAAAAGGUCGUCCGCUACAAGGUGGACUGCAUACCUCCAGUUGUGGAACCAGCCCAAUCUACAAAUGAAGUGGAAAGAUGAGAGAAUCCUUAUUAGCUGUAACUUCCUGUCAAAUGGGUGAAUUCAUUUGUACUAUUUUUCCUUCUUCUUUCAAUGGCAUCUGGUGAGAGAGACUCAUUUCUCUUGGCACACAGACGGGUGGACAAAACUAUACAACCGUAGUAUGUUUGUAUAUUACCAGACAAAGGAGCAAUCGGCGUAAUCCAUUCUUCUUGCUAAACGAAGACGCGAGCACCAUUUGUAACACAGCAACUAUUGCAUAGUGCAAACUUUAUAGUAGUAUUUCCCUUUUCCAA